CUCUUGCUAGGUUGCCUACCCCGUGUAGCAUGUAGGAGUGUUAGCAGAUCGCCGUCGCCAGGUUUGAGGUACGGAAGGGAAGAAUCGCAGAGAGUUACAGCUCCUCUGGCGCGACUUGGAGGUAGUAGGCUGCAUCAGUCUCUCCGGUGGCGGCUAAACACACAGCAGCUAUACAAGAGUAAAUAGCAAGGGGCCUUGACAGCAGCAACAGGAGCAGCAGCAGCACGAGGAGCAGCAGGAGCAGCACACGUGCCAUGGUGACCGGUGGUGGGAGUAUCGGGAGAGUGAGCGGCGGUGUUGGGGCGAGAGCCAGUGUUGGAGGGCGGGUGGUGGUGAUGGUGGCGGUGGGGGCGGCCGUGUUGGCGCUGCUAGUGCCUGCCACCACCGCCAUCAACCCCCACUCCACCCUCGAGUGCCACCGACGACAGUACACCUACAAGGUGCACAAGACUGAUGACGACGGUCGGGUGUGUUGGGAUUUCAUCAAUGUCAUGAGCUGCUGGGGGCGCUGCGACUCUAACGAGAUCGCGGACUGGAAAUUCCCCUACAAGAGGUCGCAUCAUCCCGUGUGUAUGCAUGAGCAAACACAGUUGACAGAGGUAACGCUGCGACACUGCGACGAGGACGCUGCCCCUGGGACGGAGAUCUACUCCUACCACGAUGCGACCCGCUGUGCUUGCUCCGUCUGCAAGUCGUCGGAGGCGUCGUGCGAGGGUCUCCGCUACAGGGGCGCCCGCAGAGCACCCCGCGCCGACGUGCCCAGGGGCUGAGCCGCCACUCCUGUGGAACGAGAGUCGGGAUAUCGAGACCCUAGCCUCUAUUGCUGCCAGAAUCUUUUUACAAAUCGGAACGGGAGUCUAAUAGAUAAUAACCUUUUAAAGAGAUCUGAGAAAGAUGAAAGUAUAUUUAUUUUUUAAAAAGAACAUCUCAGUUUGUACCUGAAAGGAGUCUCGUAUCAAACCCGCAAGAAAAAGAAAUUAUUUUGUAGCGGUUGGGGUCUAGAAAUCCUAGACUACCAUCGCACAUGUCUCACUCCCGACGCAUUGCUGACAUCUAUAUUAAAUGAGUAUAAUGAUUGAUUGAAAAUUAAGCCACCCAAGAGGUGGCACAGGCAGGAUUAGCCCGUAAGGGCAUAAUACUGAUAACGGCUUCCUUAUACUGGCUUAAUAAUGAUUGAAAAUUACUUAAAUCCCCAAACUUCAGCAGCCAUGCUAUUCGUAUGCUCACUUCGGGGCUCCAUGUAAACAAAAAAAACCUCCCUUAGUGAGCAUACGAUUCAGAUGCUGCUUUUAAGACACGUAUUCCAUCAUUUAAAGUGGGAACUGAAUAUCACUGUUACCAUCAGUGUUGAAGCUAGUUAUACACGUGUUUUAAACUCAGUUAUGGCAAUAACCUAUGUGAGAGAUGAUCAUAUUACUGUGUAAGGCUGCAUAUAGCGGGCUAUGAUAAGUGGCUGCUCCCGACAGCUGGGUGGUUCAGUAAUCAACUUACCUUCAGGCGGCGAGGACCUAGUCAUGUCAAUAAAGGUAAAAUAUGAUAUACUAUUUACAAAAUUGUGAUAUUUUGAGCCAAUUUUAUGGAUAUAUAUGUUUAUUAUGUCAAAAAGUUAUCAUCCAAUUCUUUUGAGACAAGAAAAAUCACUAUUUAUAAACAAAGUUGAUAUAUUCUCUUCAUCAUGACAUUAAUGAAUGGCAAGUGAUGAUGUACACUGAUUUGGUUUUCUGAAGAUAAUGAAUUUUUAGUGUGGCUGAUUAAAAUGACUUGUUACCGUUUUAUUCUAAACUCAAUUUUUUAUAAUGUGAAUUAGUAUUAGAAUAUCACGCAAACCAAAUAUUAUAUGUAAGAUUUCAUAUUUGAUCUGACAAUAUUUGACAAAUAUAUUUACUGGUUUAAGUUUUAAAAUAUUGUUUUAUGAUAAUGGUCUCUUGUACGUAUUGUGGACGAAACGUCGAAGGUUACGACUUGUGUUAGGUUGGUGAUGACGUCAUGUAUUAGCCUCUGGGCGGGAGCCAAUCCCAUGCUUACAGAUCGGAUUCAAUAAAUGUCUUCAAGAAAGUAUUAGCUAUUUUUGUAAAUAAAUCCGCAAUAACC